AUGUCCUCCCGUCUGCCUCUCUUCACCCGUAACCUCCCAGAGGCUCAGGAGUCCAACGACCCCAACUCUCCUGCCGAGCAGCGAGAUGAUGCCAAGCGAAACUUCCUAAAGACGAUGCGACCGUUGCCCACGCAGCACUACUGGAACGUCUACUUCGAUCGCCAGGCAAAGGAGGGUGAGGCUGGUGACCAGUACCACACCGGACUCGAGCAGCUAGGUACCCAGAUCGAGUCGGUGCAGGACUUUUGGAGAUAUGCGAACAACACUCCUGUGGGAAACAUCGGCGUGCGCGAGUCCCUCUACCUUUUCAAGUCCGGCUUCCGACCUGUCUGGGAAGACCGACGUAACGUCUUGGGUGGUAGCUGGACGUUCCGCUUCCCCAAGAGCAUGGGCCCUGAUGUCUGGACCCGUAUCCAGCUCCUUGCCAUUGGCGAAAAGCUCCAGAGUGUUCUUGACGAAGAGGACCAGCUCUGUGGUGUUGGACUUUCGGUUCGUUUCAACUCUCACCUCAUUACUGUCUGGCAUCGCGACGCCUCCAAGAAGAAUUCGGUCGAGAACAUCGUCAAGUGCAUCAUGGAAGACCUUCCCCCGGAGAUGCACCCCAAGCCAGACGCCUACUAUUACAAGCGACACUCUGACCACGCCGGCUUCAACCCUCCCCCGGAGCUCAAGGCUGUCAUCGAUUCCCGACGACGUGAGGAGGAGAAGCUGGCUGCUGCUGCCAAGGAUGGCGCCCCAAAGCCGUCGGUGACAAUCAACUCCCCGCAAUGA